UACCCCGGGCGCGCCCUGCCCGCCAUGGCGGCGCCCGAGCCGCCGCCGCCGCCCGAGAGCUGCAGGCCGCUGAGCGCGCUGCUGAGCGGCAUCGCCCAGGCCGCCUUCCACGGCAAUGCCGGCAUCACCGAGGAGCUGCUGCGCGCUCAGCUCUACCCCGAGGCGCCGCCGGAGGAGUUCCGCGCUCUGCGGGCCAAGAUGGGCGGCCUCCUCCAGUCAAUUGCUUCAGCAGACAUGGAUUCGAAUCAGCUGGAAGCUUUCCUCACUGCCCAAACCAAAAAACAAGGUGGCAUCACAUCAGAUCAGGCUGCAGUCAUUGCAAAAUUUUGGAAGAACCACCGGACUCAAAUCCACGAGAGCCUGAUCAAUCAGAGCCGCUGGGAUAAUGUCUUGAAAAACAUGAACUGGCGAGUGGACCUGAAGUCACAGUUGAGACACAUUGAUCAGAUGAACACUCCUGUUGCAAUAGUUGAAAUGGAACUGGGAAAAAACGGGCAGAAAUGGAACUCUCGUGUUUCCCAGUAAACAUCACCGUGAUGCUCCCAGACAGCUAUGAAGUGCAACUGUCUGGGAGGAGGCUCAAAUCUGAUCAAAUUUAAUUAGACUGGAACCUGUUCCUGCCUACAAAUAUCUUGAUUAUUCAAAGAGAAUAAACAUGCCACUUGACAGAAUUGGCUUUUGUGAUAGCUACUGCUGUGAGAAUGUGAAAAAGAGGUGUUGAUUCACAUGCUUCUUCUCACUGAAGAUUGAGUUGAACAAUGAAUGAGCCCUGUCUGCAUCUGCUGGUCACCCAGAGCUCACCAGAGAGGACAUGGAGAAACCCAGGCUGCUUGAGGGAAUGAUAAAUCUGUCUGCCUUGGACUAUUCCCUGGAAGAAUAUGGACUCCAAAGGAAAGCAAGCAUUACUAGGUCAACUCUAGGAGCCUAAGGUUUGGUGAGAUAGAUUCCACCCUCUGUCUGCACUGCCUAGUGAUUAAUGUAGCUUGACAGCUCCUCUCAAAUGGUGCUAUGGAUAAAACCUCUCACUUUGUUCAGCUAAAGGCAGUGGAGGCAAACUUCUUCAGCCUUCAUUUUUAGGAAGCAAAAGCAGAAAAUAAAUGCAGCACCUCCCAUUACACUGUGGGAAGUGUAGUUUAGUGAAUGUCAUUAAACUGUCAGCCAAAGAAGUGCAGGCUGCUGGGUGAGAGACCUGUAUUUGCAUUAAAUCAAAACUCUUGGGCUAAAAAUUAAUGCUAGUUACAAAUGAAAUUACAAAGAAAACGUGUUUAAAUGUGAGUUUCUUUAUUAAAGUCAUAUGGAACAAACACUGAGUUUACUGAGCAGAAGUACUUACAGCUUUAAGCACACCAAAUGCUUUGCAUGACAAUUAACAGCAUGGAUAAUUGUCCAAGUUCCUGUGAUCCAGGAGCACUGAUAUAUGUCUUGGUCUGGAUAUGAGGUGUGACUGAGCCACUUUUGUAUCCCCACGCUUCCCUCUGCAAGCACACCAAGUCAAGCUGGGUGGAUGCUAAAGGAGAAGAAAGACAAUACCUGCAUCUGAGAGCGAGGCUUUGAAAGAUGAUGGACAAAUGGAUCAGUUUCAAGGGUUUGAAGCUGCUCUCUGGGGAAAGAGGCAGUGAAGAAAAGAAGAGGCUUGUUUUUCCAGGCACAGAGCUUGGAGAUUGUGAAAAACGAGGUUCACAUAUUUUUUAUACAAUUUAAAAGUUUAAUAAAAAGACAGUUAGGAGAUAAAGUGAACAGAUAUGACCGGGUGUCUCUGCAUUCAGCCAAGAGAGCACACCUUACUAACAAAGGAUUGUCCCUUAAAAACAGAACCCCACUGCAUGUUCAUAAAUUCUCAUACAUGAUUCAAACAUUCUCUUUAAGUUUUGGAUGUUUAUUUGUUUAGUUUUUGACUCGCCCCUUUCUCAAUAAAUCCAUCUUCUUGGCUCCACUGAGUUUCAUAUUCCCUGAUAACAGAAAUGCAAUAAAUUUCUUCCCCAGA